GACACGGGACUGAGCGGCCGGGAUCGUGGCGUCGCCGGGGCAACGGGCGGAGAGGCUGCGCACACACAGUGAUGGAGGCGAGCGCGGCCGCAGCGGCUGCAGCCGGAGACGAGGGGAGCCCGGAGCUGGACUCACCGGCUGUGAGGAGCAGGGCCCCGGUGUCGGAAGCGGACAUGGAGUGUGUCUCACCGGCCGGAGAGCAGGGGAGCCCGGUGUCGGAGCCGGAGUGCGUCUCACCGGCCCGGUGGAGCGGGAGCCCAGAGUCGGUGUCGCCGGCCGGGAGGAGCCCAGAGUCGGUGUCGCCGGACGCGAGGAGAGGGGCCCCACACUCGGUGUCCUCGGCCGCAGAGAUGCAGAGCUGGGUGGUGCGACAGGACGCGCAGGAGCUGGCGGCGAGUCUGAGGGCUGAUCCCUGCAGCGAGGCCAAGGAGCUUGAAGGGAGCAUUGAAGAAAUGUUAAUCCGAUUGGAUGAAUUUUGUGGGAUGCUUGACAUGAUUCGAAAUGAUUCCUCGCAAAUUUUGGAUGAAAAUAUACCAAAAAUAAAAGACAAGGCACUAGAAAUGAAGGAGGUGUAUGCAAAGAUUGAUAAAAUGGAGAUUUUUGUGAAGAUGGUUGAACAGAGUGCAGCUACACUAGAAGAGCAAGUGGUUCAGGCAGAAAAAGAUUGCAGCAACUUGUCCCGUGGUGUUUGCAAAUUUCUGCAUUCAAUCAAUGCACCUUUUGUGAAUAAAAACCAAAAUCUUCUUAACGAACAGAAUUUAACAUACGAGCUACCUAACCUAUAUCGAACUGAAGCAUAUUUUCCUGCAAAUCCCAAUAGGACAUUCUUCAAACCAAACAACUCAUAACUAUCGUUGCUUAAGAGGUCACUGUUCAUGCUGACAUGGACAUUAUUGCAAGUCUUGUACAGUUUGUCCACCUAGUUUGACUUGGACGCAACCUGGAAAUCGCUUAAUUGAAAUUAUGGAUAUCAUGUGAAAUAACUCUUGAAGUACAAAGCGGACGCAUGAAGACACUUGGAUUAAUGGGGUUGAAUACUGUAAAUUAGUAGUACAGCUCCACCACUGAUUUUCCAGCAACUGUGAUCUAGCACCUCCUUAAAUCCAAAUACAAUUAUGAGUGCACUCAAAAUCUCCUCGGAAGUCCCCCCGACACUGUGGCGCCAAUCCCGACCUCAUUGAGACUUCCAUAAUGAUCGGCGGGCCAGGGCUGAUUUCAGAGGCCGACUAUGCAGGCCCGUAGCCUAGGUAGACAGUUCCCAUACUGUUGGAAUCCUCGAGAGGCCGUGACCUCUGUUGGUUAUCCAGAAAGGUUCUGGAAACAAGGAUGCCGGAAAAUCGGUAAUGGGCCUGUAAUAUCAAAAAAUGUCUACAGUUGUAGCUCCAACCCACCAUGGCAGCAUAUUAAGUGCAACAUAAAGUUUAAAACUAUCGCCUGGCCAAGGCAACGUAAUAUUGGGGUGUUUUUCUUUCAAUGCAAGAAAUAUUAUGAACAAGUAAAUUCAGUGAUGGAUUGACAGCAGUGUGCUUCAAGAUAAAGGAGUCUUAAAAAACGGAAAGUUUUCACAUGCAUGCUUAAAAUACCAAGCAUGAACAUAUAAUCUAAAUUCUAACAGUAUUUACUGGAGUAUUCCUGAAUAAUCAUAACACUGUGACUUAAUAUCUAUGUUCAUUGGUUCAAGCUUAUGAAUACAAUACUUUUCCUGCUUUUGGAAUUUUAUUUUCUAGAAAAACAGAGGUCAACUGCCACUUAGCUUAAAAAGCAGAGCUUUAAAAUCAAAAUAGGAAUAUAAUGGAAGCAAUAGAAAGUCUAAAAAUAUAUAGUUAUUUUGUAAAGCAGAUAGGUUAAUGGUAAAGUGAUUCAUUUUAUUCAGAUAUUUAUCCCAACAGCACAAUUCUCCAACAUUGAUGUUAUAAAUUCAAUAGGAUCAGUUUUAUAUCAUGGAAACACUACACACUUGUCAAUUUAACAUGUAAUUUUUGCCCAGCAGUUGAGGUACAGAAAGCAUCUGUUCCUGUUAAGUAAUGCAGCCAUAGCCAAACCUCUAGCAGCAGUUGUAAAUGACACAAACUAGACAAGAAAAGGAAAGUUUGAAAGGAUUGUUAAGUAUUUAAUAAGACAAAAUUGGCAUUGUGAUAAAAUCAGCCUUAAAAAUAUGGAUUGGGCCACUAACCAAAAUUUGAUCCUGUUUUUAAAAGUGAAGUUAUCACUAACGUAUGGAAUUUAUAACAGCAAAUUGCUCAAACCUUUCCAAACGUCUUCCUACCAAUGGUGGUGAAAAUGACCAACAGUAAUUUGUCUUCUACAUAAUGUUUUGUGCUGAUGUCUUUGAAUUAAAAUUGAGAUCAUUGUUACUUUGUAAAUUGACUCCAGGUGUAAUGUCAAAUUUGUUUGCAGACAGAAUUAUUGUGUAUGCUGUACCAAUGUAGAGGUGUAAAACUAUUGAGCAUUACUUGUAUUACCACUUGAUCAAUGCUGUAAUUUGUUUUAAAUUGUCUCUUUAUUAUCCAAUUAAUGCGGCAUAACUUUUGCCAUUCACUAAUUUAUCAAGUGUACAUUUUGCAUUUAAAUUAAACUGAAAGACUUAAAUGAUUAGCUAUCAAUUAGGUUAGUGAGAAAAUUACUUUUAAAGCACAAAUAUUUAUCUACAUUAAAGAUAUACAUUUAUGGUACAAUUUCAAUAUAAUUUCACUUUUGAAAGUGGCUCAGGAUUGUCAAUUUAUGGGGAAAAUAUUUUAUUUUGUGCAACUUUGCUAAUGUUUUCUGAUAUUUAAUUUAAUCUGAAUAGAAGACAAUUUUUGUAGAAAAGGUUAAAUCAUAUUGAUUGACGAGAGUACUUUACAGAUGCCAUUUAUUUAGUCAAAUGUAUGAACUGUACCAGUGCAUUUAAAAUUUACCUUGUGAUAGCUGAUGCACGGAUUUCCAAUUGUGAUAAAACUAAUAUGUUGGCCUACGUUUUAGUAGCACCCAUACACCAUUAACCUGUUCAUACUUUUCAGUUAAUAUGCUACAGCUAGUUCAUAAAUUGAAAUGGUUACCAAUGAAUUAUCUAUUUAAAACCAUAGCUAACUUAAUAAAAAGCUUGUGCCAGUGACUGAUUUUAUAAUUUAACCAAUGCAAGAUUGUUUUGUUGAAAAUUAGUGGCAUUUUCAGUAUUUUGUACAAAAUGGUCCCUCUUUCUAUUACAAAUUAGCUUUACCUUUUUAAUUUCCAAGAACAGAAAAUGAUCCACACUAGGUGAAGGACUCCUCAUUCUUAAUGCGCUUAAGAAUCCAGUCAUACUAAAGGGAAGCCAUAAACUAGUCAGUGAGUGAACUUGAUUUUCAGAAAUUUGUAACAACUUGUAUAAAGCCUUUAGUAUUUCAAUCAAUGCAGCAAAAUGAAAUCCACUUGAUUCAGAUGAUCUUCCAAGCACAAUUUUGAAUGAACCACUUAAAAUAUUUAAGAGGCGCAUCAUACUGUGUAUAAAGAAAAGCUACAACAAAAUUAAAUUCCUAUC